UAGGGAGGGAGGGGGAGAAUCCAAUCCGGUUUGAGCUAGUUUUUGUUCCAAUGGAACAUUAUCGUCUCGCUUCGCUGUAAUAGACCUUAGUUAGAAUCCUAAACAGUAUUUCCUACUCUAUCUUCGGCUGUAUCUUAAUACAUUUCGCCGCUUUUUCCCGCUCCAAACCACAACAAAUCAACCAUGCCGAAAAGGAGGAUGAAAAAUGAUGAAGCUGAAGCCGGUGAUUCGGCCAGGAGGACGUCGUCAAGACUAAAGGACAGAGCUGCCCCAGCACCCGUUGUAACAGCAGAGCCCAAGCAAAAGAUAAAGAAGGCCCCCGCCAAGCCCAAAAAGGCCAAGGAGGUGGAGAAGCCCAAGCCAGAGGAGGAAGCAGAGGCCCCCGCGGAAAAUGGCGAGGCCAAGGAUGAGGCUCCAUCUACAGACGAGGACAAAAAGAAGGAAGAUGCAGAGUAGCGGUUCGCCGUCACCAGACUUGUUUGACCCAGCGCUCCCUGUUCCUCCUUUUAUUUCUUUUCUUGUACAAUUCAGGGGAAUAUUUUUACCAACUAUUUUCUAAAUACUGUUUUUUUUAGUAGUGUGAUUUGUAGAAACGGGUGGGAAGGGGGGGGGGGAGACACAAGCUUUUCAGUUGUUUUUUUUAGAUGAGGAGAAUACAAGUUUCAAGAUCAACAUCCACAAAUUGGACGCCGUGGGAUGACUUGUCCAAAUAAUUUGACCCCAUUGGUUUUCUUUGGGUGGGGUGGGGGGGGGUUAGUUGUGUGGGGCAAGUUACCGUCUGAAAAACGUCUAUAAUUUCCAGGAUGAGCUUAAUUGUUAACUCGGGAGCACUUACCUGAGUGGAUAACAUUCCAUUAGAUGCUUUUUUUAAUGGUCAGUAUACUGUAAGUAUCGAGGGCAGUAGGGCUGAUACUCACAGCAGGGCAACACGCUUCGUGUCAUAUUGUUUUAUGAGGAGAAAAUACAGUGUUUAAGGGCGUUUUUAAGCUUUUUAUCCCUAUUCCUUAUCUCUUGUACACGUGCAGUUUUCUUAACCCAUCCGUACAAUGGACCCCCCCCCCCACCCCACCACCC